CAGUUGACGUUUGUAAUGAUGAAAACAAAUAGCAGAAAUAGUUUGAGGAAAUUUAUGCACACAGAAGCGAUAGUAAAGAUUUCUACUUUCAAAGACAAAAGCCAUAAUUAUAAAUUUGGCAAUUAAAUGAGGUUUGAGCUGCGAUAGGAGCAUUUUGAUAUGCUGAAGUACUUUAAGAAACACAAAGGAUCCCGUAGCCGGGGAAUAUGGAAUGAUAUCCCAUUUCGAAAAUCUGAGGGUGAAACCAAUGAGGUCAGAUCAAAAGAAAACGAAUCACUACCAAGAGAAGUUGAAACCAAACGCAAUUCCUUGCAGUCGUCUUCAAGUUUUUGUGACGAAAUUCUCUCCCAGGUAGACAUCGAGGAUGAUGCAAUUGAAGGUGUUGAUAGUUGCGGGGAAAGCUUGGGCGACUAUAGUUUGGCAUCCGAUGAUGAUAUUUUUCGAUAUAAAUCUCGUCUGGCAAUGUCACUUUUGUCAAUAGUAAGUGAUCCAAUUUGUCUAAGUUACUUUGUGCAAUACUUAGAUACAAGGCAUGCACUUCCUCCACUCAAGUUUUAUCUUGACACGGAGAAUUUUAAAACUGUUGCACAAACAUACUUAGAGAGGGAACAACACAAUGAUGGGCAAGAACCAUUAGAAAGUGUAAAAGCAUUGCAUCGUUCUUCCGAGGUUAAAAUACAUGCCCAGAUAAACGGGAAUAGAAUGAAUGCUACAAAUUUGGAAGAGGACAAGGAUAGAGUACCUGAAUUAAAAAGUUAUUAUGAUUUAUCUAUGCGUCAGCCUCUUACAGAUGAUGAAAAGAGUCAAAUAUACGCCGAAACUAAUAAGCAAAUUCAUCAAUGUAAUGAGAAUACACGGAAUAAUAAUUUAAACAAAAGUAGCAAUAGUUACUCGGGUAGAAAAAGUGGCAUUGAAAGUAAUAAGCCCAGCAGGGCUGAAAAAUGUAUGAGUCCAGCUAGCGUUCAAGAUGCAAUAGCAAUAUACCAAAAGUAUCUAAUUGCAGAUGCAAAUCAGUUUGUCUCUCUACCGGUCGAAAUUUUGUCGCAAAUUUCGUUGCAUUUAUGUACACAAACUGAAACACAAGCAUGUUCACAAAAUUCAAAAGGAACAGAAGUUGCAUCCACGCUCCCGUCAACAUGCUUUGACGAAGCGCAACGUUAUGUUUUAGACCAGAUAGAACGAGAGUAUUUAAAUGACUUUUUACAGAGCCCUUUUUACAGCAAAUACUGUGUAGAAUUGAUAGAGAAUGGCCAACCAGACCUAUCAAUUUAUGAUAUUCUCUACAGUGAGGCCACACUCUUUUUCUUCAUGGAGUUUCUUGAGCAGCACGGCGAACGAGAAUGUCUCGACUUUUGGACAUCAGCCAUAAACUUUCGUAAAAGCUUCGAAGCUUCGGUAGAAGAUACAGAAAUUGAAAACGAUAAGUUGGAGUUGCGAAAAUCACUCGAAUCAGAAGCUCAAACGGAUGCAAUGAUCAUUUAUGAAAAAUUCUUCUCGCUUCAGUCUGAGGAUCGUUUUUGGUUAUCUGACCGACUUCGAUGCCGAGUUGAAGAACGUAUUUGUGCUAAAGGACGUAUUGCGUACUGUUUUGAUUUGCCUUUGCAGUUGAUUGCAAAAUAUUUAGAGCGCAAAUAUUUUCAAGGUUUUCUAAAAUCACAGCUUUUUCAAAACUAUUUAAAUGAGUUAAAGUUGAAAUUACGCGAUGCCAAUGCAACGAGUGCGGAUUUUACAACAGAUGCAUCGUCUAGCGGUGCUUUUCGUAAAUCAGUCCACCGCAAAACACUCUCUGAUUGUAGUGAAGGAAGUCGGCGCGAAGUUUUGAAACAAAACACCCUACUAGCGAUGGACGGUAACAAAAUGCCACAACCACGUAUAAGAAAUAUCGCACAAACGUCAGGGUCGGAUCUUCACAUUGACUCACGUCAACUAAUAAAUCCAAACUUAAUGUGGCAUCGGUCAUACUCAUCAGAUGGUGGAGCUCUUAAAUUUGGUCAUAUCAACGAAUUGGGUCGCUAUGAACGUGACUUCGAUGCAGUAGAUUCUGUGGGGAGUGAAAUAGCAAGCGGGGGCAAACACAAUUGGUCUUUAAAUCUUAGUGGCAACAAAAUCAAAAAUGCAAUGCGAAAACUUGUUAAUUUGCCUGAAGAUAAGGUUCAAGAAGAAAUUGCUUGGCAAGUAGCUGAAAUGAUCGUUAGAGAUGUGACAAAUGUAACGCUCAGAAGUGAUCAACUCAACUCUAACCCACAACUAAAAACACAAACAAAAACAGCCGCCCCCAACUUUAAGAGUGAAGUUAUAAGGCCAUCUUAAUUACCUUCUUUUGGAAAUAUGAGUUCAGAACUUUGUAUUUCUCAAUAAUAACUCUAAGUGUUUUUAUCCGCGUCAGCAUAUCGAAUGCAAGAAAAAUGACUUUUGCUUAAUAAUAAUAUAUUAGCCAUCAUUUAGUUUUCUGUUGCAUUAAUAUAAAAUAUUUUGACGUAGAAGCUUGGCAUUUGGAAGAUGAUUAAUGCAAAGCGGUCAGAUAGUUAAAAAUUGUAUAUAUAUUCAAAACUCGAAAUUUUCAGUUGUUAAAACAAACUGCUCUCUAAUAUAAAUUUGUUUUAUUGUAAAUUCAAAAAUGUUUACAGUUAAAUAUAUGUAUGUAUGUAUGUUCAUGCUAAGCCUAAAUGUGUAUACCUCAAGUAACUCUUAACGUCAUGCACAAAUUUCACUCUUUAUACUCUUUUUUCUGAAAAUGCUAAGUUACAAAAGUAUAAAAUUAAAAGCAAAACAUUUAUUGCAUGAAAAAGUUUAGAAGAAUAUAAUUUAUAAAUCUCUUUAGAAUCUCAUAACAAUUCCAUACUCAUUUUUAUAGGACAGCUAAAUAUUAUGAUUGACGUAUUGUGCAAUGAAUACAUUUAGUUACAAUUUUUUGUACCCUACGAAUGUUAAAUAUUAUGUUAUAUUUUGUAAAAGUGAAACACAACUGCAAUACUAAUAUAUAUAUAUAUGCAGUGUUGGAAAAAAUAAUAGAAAUAAUAGAAUAAUGUGAAUUUUUCUUUCUUUUGGGUAUAUUUCUUGCAAAAUAAUUUUUGCUGUUGAAGUUCAUGUCUUUUUAUAAAGAAACAGUUUUAGAUAUAAAAAUAGAGGUACUCAACUCUUGCUACAUUUUUGUAAAAAAUAAAUCAUGAACUUCAUUUUAUUGUGCUUGGAGAAAAUAAUAGAAACGACGUCCUUAAAGCUAAUAAACAUAAGUAUUUUUUCUUUAAGAUAAUUAAACAAAACUUUUAAAAUUUUAAGCAAAUUAAUAUUUGGUUGUUGCACCCUGGGCUUUAAUGACUGCAGUGCAACGCCGGCUCAUUGAGUCCACUAACUGGGCACAAACUGAUGGGUUUAUACUAAACCAUUCUGCCUGGACUUUUUCCCACAAAUCUGCUUUAUUUUUUGCCUUAUAGGCGGCAAUUCUUUUCUUCAGAGUGCCCCAAAGGUGCUCUAUUGGAUCUAUAGUCCGCAGCGCACAUCUUAUCUUUAAUCCAGAAUAAAGGACCAACUCCUGCCGACGAAAAACAUCCCCAAAGUAGUAUAUUACCACCUCCAUGCUUCACGGUCUUCAACGUGUGCUUUGGAUCGUAUGCAGAGUUUUUAGGUCGUCUUACAUGUACCUUGCCAUCAGACCCAAACAAAUUAAUCUUUGUUUCAUCUGACCAUAAUACGUUUUUCCAAUUUGCACGCAGUCGAUGUUUCUUUGCAAACGAUAAUCUGCAGGUUAUGUUUUUUCUGCUAAGGUAUGGUACUUUUCUUGUACUAUAGGCCUUUAAUCCCCCAGAUAUUAAUCUAUUUCGGAUUGUUCGACUGCUUACUGGCGCUUGUGAAACAUUUUUCAAUUCUUCUGAGGAUAAAAAUGGUUUUUUUUCGAUUCUCGUAUAAGCAGUUGGUCAAACUUCUUUGAUGUUGCGCGCUUUCGUCCUCGUUUUUCUUCUGUAAUUUUAAAAUUAAUCGCAGAAAACACCUUUUUUUUGAGCAUUUCAUUAAAUCGGCAAUCCGUGGCAUAGAAAGGCCAUCACUUUUUAGUUUUUUUUUAAUUUCUCUUUCAUUAACAAUACAGUGUUUACCACGUCCCAUUCUGAAUGCAAUAUUCAUGAGAUAAGAAAUAUUUUAUGAACAAGACAAUAAUAAAUAUAAUUUUUUACAUACUUUUCCAACAAAAUAUCAAACAGUUUAAAAAUAACAGUAUAUUAUUAAUUUUAACUGUAGCUAUUCAAAUUUUCCCGAAACGUUUCUAUUUUUUUUCCAACUAAAACACGCGGUUCUGCACCAAAAUGAAUACUGAGCCUAAAUAUUUGCGAUUAUGCACAUAAAAACAAGACAAAAUGAAGUACCGUUAUCAAACAGUAUUACACAGUGUGUAUCUGCAUAAAUAGGUACAUACUUACAAACUAAAAAUUUUAUAUGAAAUGUGGAGUGAUUGUCGUUUCUAUUAUUUUUUCCAACACUGUAUGUAUAAACCACUGUCAUCUGUCUGUGAGGUAUUUGCGAAACUCUUCUUUUAUUUGAGAGGUCAAUGCUGGUCAUUAUGUGUGGAAUUUUUAUCGUUCAAAGGUACGCCGCAAGAGAUUCAGUGGCUUGGGUUACAUUCACUUCGAGAGAGCAGGUUUAACGAAUUUUUUAGUUCCUGAAAAAACUUCUACAUUAACCCAUAAAAGAGAUUCGCCCAUGCACGCACAAAUAAAAGCAGUACCUUAUUUAUGCUAAAUACACUCGUAUAUUAAAGCUAAAACCGAACCCUCAUACACCUAAAAAAUUAUGAACUUUAUUUGUAAAGUAGAUUGGAAAAACAAGUCCAUAAAAAUUUGUUGUUAAGUAAAACCAAUUCUGUUACGAUAAAAAAUUUUUAUUUAAACUAAAACUAAUUGGAAAAUCGAAAACAUAGCUACAUACGUAAAUAUAUUAUGGGCUAAAAAAUUUAAUUUACUAUCGGUAUAAUAAGAAAAUUUAAUGCUAAUUCAUAUAUAUGUACAUACAUACAAAUAUAUAUGGACUUUUGGCAGAACAACUUAUCCGACUUUAAUAGGUUUUGCUUUAAGGUCAAUGAAUUCUGAUCUACACUGAAAACAUUGGAUUUUAUUAAACGCUUAACUCAAGAAUAGCUUGAAAGAAUAUUUCGAAAACAGCAAACAAUUUAGUGCCUCAGAGAAAAAGGGCGCCUAGUCGAAUUAAGUUGUUUUAUCAAAAGUACACAAUUUACACACACGCGUUUAGCCUUAAAAAAGAAGGUUGGAGUGGGCAUGCAUACAUACUACAUAUAGAAGAACGCAUAUAGGUACAUAUGUAUGUGAGUUGUAGAACAUGUGAAAAAAUCUCAAUAAUCGGGUAACAUAACUCGAUCGUAUUUUUCCACAUAUCGAAUACUUGGAUAAUGUAUUGUAUUACAUUCUAAGAAAAGUUUAUUUAUUUUCGAAUUUAUCUAUUUUUACCAUUAAACAUUGAGUUUUUGAAACAUCAGCACAAUUUGUGGAACUUGCGGAUCCAUUUAUUUAAUCAUUGUUGAUAAUAAAUAAUUUAUGUAAGUGAAAAGAUUUAUUGUAUCUCUUGAAAGAUGAAUAUCGAAAAAUAAUGAAAUGGAAGCAGCAACAAAAUAGCAUCGAAAACGGUCUCUGCUGGCUCAAUCACGCACAAGAAAAUGUUGGUUGCCUUCAUCAGACAAUAGUAGAAUGUGGUGAGGCCGACGGCAUAACUUGAAGGAAUAUUUUUGAUAAAUGUGCAUACGGCAAUUGAAUAUGGAUAUGUAUGCAUAUAUAUGUAUUGAAGUAAAGCAAAGCAACGCCUUAAUUUUUGAAAUGAAAUAUAAAAAUGUACAUAUGUAUGUGUGUAUUCCGUUGUAUUUAAAUUGCAUAAAUAAAUAAAAAUCCAAUUUAAUUGUUUUU